ACCCGGAGGAAGUGACCGGCUGAUCAUGGCUCUCCUAGCCCGGUGCUUUGGGUACCACACUUGCAGAUCGGUGGCCUUUGCGGGUGGUAGGUAUCUCCGACCCACGGUCUGGAUGGGGCUCCCGGACGCCUGGGGCCUCCCGUCCCUGCAGCAGGCCCGCGGCCGCACGCGCGGGAACGAGUAUCAGCCGAGCAACAUCAAGCGCAAGCACAAGCACGGCUGGGUCCGCCGGCUGAGCACGCCGGCCGGCGUGCAGGUCAUCCUCCGCCGCAUGCUGAAGGGCCGCAAGUCCCUGAGCCACUGAGGAGCGCCGCCCGCAGGGCGCCCGCGGGCAUGGACUGCGACGCCAGGAGAAUUGUCCAGGGCGAGCCGUUGGGGCGAGAUCAAAGUGGGGCCUUGUCCCUUCGUAUUCAGAACUUGCACCGCCAGCAGCAGUGGCGCCCCCUCCUGCCGUAUCUCAUCCUUUUCUGUGAAUAUUUUUGAAAGCAUCUUUUCCAGAUGGCAUUAAAGCAUUGCCACCACCUGCACGCUUACA